GUUGGCCAUGUGGGCAAAGCAGCUCAUCCCGCUCCGGUUACGCCCCUUGUGCUGCUUUCAUAAAGCUGACAGACCGUGUGACCAGUCAAGUUACUAAUUUGGGGUCCGCGUGUUAAGUAGAAGGUGUCGCUCUCCUUAUUGGUAUAUUUUGCAGUCGUUUUGGAGUCCAGUUGGUUUGUUUUUUCGGGCAUCUUUUAACCUCUUGCAAAAUUUUAGGAGGAGUUGCCUUUAGGAAACAGAGGCGGGGGGCGCAAAAUACGCUGUCAGUUGAUUUUUUUUUAUUAUUGUUAUUUUUUUUCUACCUGCCCUUUUUCGAUAUGCUGCUGGAAUUGCCACAACAAGAACAACUGCUGGAGCAGCGCGACAUAAACAGCUACUUUAGCCUCGGAAGCUACAACGACGGUUCCCCCUCCCCUGAACAGCAAUCGUGCCAUGAGUGCUGCCCGGAGUCCCCACAUUUGAUUCUAACAGACAUCAGUAACCUGAAGGAAGAUGCUGGAGCUGCCAAGAGCCCUGUUGCUGCGGAGCCAUUCCCAGAUUCAAAGCUAGCAAAAAAACAAGUUCAGAAAAGAUAUUUGGGAGUCAGAGUAAGAAUGCCAGUUAGAGAUAUGCUACGGAAAAUCCGAAUUGCCAAAGGCAUCGAUCCAAAUGAGAUGCAGGACAGUCCACCCAAGGGAUCCAAAUCAUGUUCAGAGAUAAAGAAACGUGUUCACCAGUAUUCAGACAGGAGGCACAAACAGAUCAAGCAGCCAGCAAAGAGCUUGGAAGAGCUGGCUAUGUUGGUUGAAGUGUUGGCUGAGGACUUGGCACGCACUAGAAGUGAUGGAGACAAGGAAGCCCUCAGGUUAACCCACAACUCCAACCCUCAAAGCACUUGUUCCAUGUUUCGACAAGAUCACAAUGCCUCCUUAGACUUGCAUCCAGAAAGCAUUGCACCAUCUCCACAGCCAUCUUACAUUUCAGGUGACAUUUCCCCAGAAAGACGGGAUUUUUAUCACUCUCCCAUUAAUGAAGAGAUGCUUUUUCAGGGGCCCAGGUUCCUUGGAGCCAAUUGCAACAAAGCUCAAGAAGACACUAAAGUUUUCUCCCAGGUGGAGUUCUCUCCUUCAUAUCUUGACUAUCAAGUACCUUCAAUUCCAGAUAUGUUCUACCCCAGUGAUCCUUCAUACUUUUGUACAGAAAAGCCACAGUCUCAAACAUGUUACGAACAAAUGGAAAAAUAUAAAAUCUCUUCCUUGCACAAUGUACAAGACACAGCUGGGCUUUCAUUUUUCCAGUUUCAACUUCGUAAUGAAGAAAGUUUGCUAAGGCUAUACACAGACAAAGAACUCCUUGAAGUGAAUAAAAACGGUAGCACAUCUCUCCAUAGAGCAGUAUUUGAGGGUAAAAGAGCAAAGGUGUAUGCCAUUGCCCAGAGGAUGGUCAAACUGAAUAAAAUUGACACCAAAGAUGCAGAAGAAAGGACAGCAUUACAUCUAGCUGCUGAGAAAAAUCAGCAUCUAAUGGUCAGUGAUCUUAUCUCCCUCGGGGCAAAUAUUAAUGAAAAGGACAAGUUUUGCAAGACUCCUCUCCACCUCUGUGCAGAAAAUGGAUAUGUUAGAGUGCUAGAGAUGCUGAAAAGUGCCAAGAAUAGUGGAAUUCCAUUGGAAGUAGAACCUUCUGACCACAAUGGAUUGACACCCCUUCAUUGUGCAGUCAUUGCUUUAAAUAUUACAGUAAAGCAGAUGGGAAAGUGUAAGGAUCAAAAUGACAUCAACUUUCUCGCUUUGAGGAAAGACCGUUUAUUUGAGGGCAUGGAGUGUCUUCUGCAAAUGGGAGCAAAUCCAUUUACUCGAGAACCUCUUUUAGACCGUACUGCUGUGGAUUUUGCUGAAGAAGACAAUAAUCUGGAACUGAUUAACUUCUUUCAGUCUCACUAUUCUAACAGUGAAGCUCUCCAAAGUGAGAAUUAUGCUUCUCGCACAAUGCUAGAUCUUCUGGGAUACACCGAUACUCUGUAUGGUGGCUGUGACAUUCCAGGUCUUCCUCAAGUUAGCAUUCUGAACUGAACUUGGCAGCCUUUAGGAGAGAAUCCAGAAAUGUGACCCUGGAGAAAACAUCUCCUGCUGGAAUUGUUGCACAAUUCAAGUCGCUGUGGCUGUUAUGUCGGCAGUCCAUGAACUGACAGUAAAAGUCUCUGAAAUGUAAGAAGCCUGAACCAAAACACUGAACAAAGUUCCUUAGGCAUAGUGUUGAGUUUAAAUGUUCUCCUAAUGUUUGCACAGGAUUUCAUCCACACUUCGAAAUGAGCCGGGAGGAUAAUUGACAAAACUCAAAAUCUAAUUUUGUGCUUCAUGCAGUGGUGUCCCAUUUAGAGUAUGAUUCUGUCUGAUACUCUAGCUUGUGAUGUCUCCCACAGAACAGGAAAUUAAAAAUGUUGGAACAAGAUAUUUGCAGAUAGUAUUUUGUUCUUAAUUAAUUGAAUACAAAUUAAAAUUACCAAAUUUAAAUAUUACUUAUGAGCUCCACUGCAUACCCGUUUUCAAUAAUGCAUUGAUUUCCUAUGUCAAGGUUCAGGCUUCUUGUUAUGCAACCAGAGUUUUGUAAAGGGCUAAAGCAACAAAAUUAGAAAGCUUGAAUUAAAUACUAAAGUGGAGAAGAAAAAAGAAAAAUCAGUGUAAAUUGAUUUUAAAGAAAUGUUCACUGUUUGAAUUAAAAGGUUGCAAGCCCAUGGUUGCAAAUUAGCUGGUUUCAAUGAAACUUCCUUUGUUUGCUACAUUAAUGUAGUAAAUUGUAAAUAUUACAAUGUUAUAGAAAUAACUAUGUACAGUAUAUUGUAGGUUUGUUUUUCUUGGAUAUUUUGUUUUAGUUUAAGGUCCUUAAAAUGGCAAGUUAGUGUAAGGCUCUAAGAGCAUACUGUUCCUGAAAAUGUUUGAAAAUAUCCUCCUUAACUGUCUAAAAUUGAGAACCAAAGGAAAAUGUUAAUGCAUUUCUUUAUAUUAUAUACUGUAUAUGUACUAGGGGGCUCCGCCCCCUGCUUGCUUCGCUCGCCCACCCCCAGGUUUGGUUUACCAGAUAUACAAUUUAAAAAGAGUGUUAUUUUCAUGGGAAUUGUUACAUAUGCAUUAUUUUCACUUUUACUUUUAAACUUUUGUAAAAACAAUAUCUGGAAUUAACUUUUCUUCAAGAUCACAUUGAAUUUUGAUUCUGUGUUUGGACUUACUUCGUGACAAUGCAACGUAUAUCUGCCUGUGAGUGAAUAUCGUUUCUUUCUCUUUAAUAAAUAAAACGACUUUCUCAAAUGUUUGUCCAUGCUCUUUCUUCUUCGCUUUGUCGUUGACAUGUCAUCUAGAAUGUAUAAAAUUAUUGCCCUGUUAAAAUUUAUAAAGGCCGAGAGCGCUUGAAGUGUGUCUGACAAAAGCAUUUAUACAACUGAGGUUAGAUGACUGUGGUCUUGUUUUAAAAUAGUUGUAAGUAAGGCAUGACUUGAAAGAAUCUCAUGUUAAAAGUCUCUGUCUCACAUGAUUACAUACCGCACCAACGUUUUUGGAAUCUUUUAAUUCUUCGCUGGCAACACGAAUUAGACGAUCUACAAGUCUCCGACUUAAAGUUUAAAUCUAAACAAUAUAUUCAAUCUCUUUUUGCUGUUCUGUUAUUUCACCGAGUAAUAAUUUCUAUUUGUUUGCGCUAAUGCAAUCUUUCCUAUCCUUUUUUUGAGACUUUGGAAUUUUCGUACUUCCAUUAUCUCUAACCUGCGGUGCAUGUGUAUCACGCCAAUGUUUUUGAAUUCUUUACGACGUUCUACUUUGUCAUCAAGUCUUUGUCCUUUAUUUCCGGCCCCGGGCGUGGUUAAAUCUCUUUCUCGCAGGACGCAUAAUGCUGCUCGCUUUGGGGAGGAUGAACGCACACUAAGGAUAUGCGGUUGGAUCAUCUACUUGCUUGCUGCAGCUGCUGCUGGCGCGAGGUGUGUUCUGCUUGUUGCACUGUGCAUCGAUCUUUUAAAAGCCUGUACAGCAGCUCUCCUUUUGUCUCACUGCCUUGUCUCGUGUGACGUCAAAGUGUCUUCCGAGAAGAUCACGUCUCGUCUCCCUCCCAAGAUUUUUUUUAUAAUAGAGAGAUAUUUUAAAUGCUUGUACCAUUUAAAAUAACUUUGUUUCAAUAAUAACUUUCAAAUAUCUAAAAAUAUACUGAGGUUGGAGUUCUAGUAGACUUUACCUUAUCAUGCCAUUCGCUAACCUUAACUCUCACCCUAAACUAACCUCACCUUUGGGCAAGUGGGGGGAAUUGGGUACUAACCCAAAGUCAAAUAAUCCUAACCCUAACCAUAAUUGUUUUUGGAUAUAAUAAAGCAGGCAUGUAUAACUCUUUCAUCUAGUUUAUUAAUUUACUUGUAGAAAAUAUCAUUCUGUUAGACUGUAAAUGUGCUUGAUGAAACCCUACUAAUAUUCCUAAGCAGGUAUUUUAUAUGUUUGUAUCCUGUGCCCUCACAUAUACAGAAUUUGUAAUAAACUGCAACAAAGAAAUAUACACUGAAAUUACUCACUUUACUGAAAAAGAUAAUUUGUUGUUACAUGAGUAGCUGGAUGGGGGAUUUACCUGCAUUAUAGUCAAUCAAGCAUAGCUCAGUAUACAGCAUAAACUUACCAGGAGUUAUUUUUGAAUAAUGUAUGUCAUUAGGAUUAACAUAUAUGUUUUAUUAAUCUUGUAGUUCUUCUUUUUAUUACUGUGAAAACUGUUUUACCUAACCUAUGGUGUGGUGUACCGUAGUGGUUCAAUGUAAUAAAAGUUAGCCAUGCAUAACAUUGCAUUUAUAGUAUGUACUGCAUUUGUAGUUUAAUACUUUACAGCCUUGCACUUUGUUGCUGUUGAAACUGAAUUAACUAUUGAAUAAUAAAGAUAUUUGUUCAUUUUAUCA